AGGGGGGCGGCCGCGCGCGAGGGGGGAGCGGGGGCGGGCGGGCGGGGUGGGUGCGGAGGGCGCGUGCGAAUUCGCGGCGCCCUCCGUUGUUGCGGGGGCUCGCCUCUGGGGCGCCAGCGCGGCGCGCCGGCCCGCUGGCCGCUGGGGCGAUGGGGUGCGUGAGCUGCCUGUCCCGCUCCUGGCUCAGCAUCUCGUCCGCGAUCCUCGUGCUGGCCGCAAUUGCCAGCCUGACGAUCGGCAUCAUCAUCGGGUCCAACAAGGCGCAAGAUGUGCACUCGAUGCUCGAGGAAUUCGCUUGGGCCACCAAGUUGCUGAUCGCUCUCGGGGUCGGCCUGCUGAUCAUCGGCUCUCUGGGGCUCCUGGGCAGCACCCGGCACGGUGCGUCACUGCAGUUCCGACGGUGCGUGCUGUUUCCUUUCUUUUUCGCGAACCUCAUCAUGUUGGUGCUCUUCGUUUCUGUGACCACGGGAGCCCGGACCGCAAACAAGGACACGAUCGAGGCAAAGCUCGAGAUGCAGUGCCUCAAGGAUAACAACCAUCUCCGUGAGGCACUCCACUGCGAGCAGGACGAGGAUGGCGAUUGGCAUGUGCCCGAUGAGUUGCUCAGCUACCUCGACUACCUGCACUGGGUGUCGGUCGCGGGUUUCGGGAUUUCGGGCCUCCUGAUGGUGAACCUGACCGCCUCCUUCCUGGCCGCGACGGCGAGAAACGCGGACGGCGAUGACGACGACAGCGUCGAGCUCGCGGACAGGCCAUUCAACGGUAUGGCCCGCGCCGCGGUCUAGCCCUCGCCCGGGCCGGCUGCGCUGGGCGGCCUCGCGCGGCCGCGUGGCGCCCUCGCGCUCGACCGCGGACCCGCCCCGCUGCCGGCCGGGCGCGCGGCGCGCAGCGAGUCUCCGCGCCUGCCGAAGAGACUCAGCGGCGCCCCGUCGUCGCCAAAGUCGCCGCUGGCCGCCGUCGUCGUCGGCUUCCUCCUCCUCCUCCUCCUCCUCGCCCUCCUCCUACUCCUCGUCCUUCUCCUCCUCGUCCUCCUCGUACCUAUGGCAGCGGUUUCGGAAAAUGAGCCCACCAGGCCUGCUCCACCCAGCCUUCGACGCAGCUCUCGUCGCUGGGGGCCCACUGCUGGCCCUUGCUGCUCGGCGGCCUGCAGGAGAGGCCCUCGGCCAUCUCGCUGGCCCACUGGCCAGCUCCCGAGUCGGGCCGCGGGUGGUGUCGAAGGGUCGCGCCGCAUCGCCGAGGCAUGGCGCGACCCGCCGAUACCAUGCGGUGGGGCCCCAUCUUCCACCUGGAGUGUCAUGAUAAACGUGUUGCAGACGUAGAGUCAAUCGGAG